GGCGUCUUGACUGACAUAUAGAGCACUAGAGAGGAUAAGUGUCUUGUUCUGUGUGCUUGGGAAAUUCAUGGGGCUUUAAAUUUCUCACCAGGACACAGGUCCACCCAGGGGGGUCAGUGAGGUUUUCUGUCUCCAUAAGCUCCAGAUGAGAUGAGCGUGAGCAGAGGUUCUGUGAACUGAACUGAAAUUCAUUUUGCAGGUGCAUGGUUCUCAUUGCUAUUGAAGACAAAUUUUGUCUUAGCCGUGAGCUUGCCCUGCGAUUAUAGGAAUAAUGACCGUUGCCAAUGCCAAGUCUGGCACAGCCAUGCAGCAGGUGCUGGAUAACCUCAAAGAGCUGCCGCCUCUUACAGGAGCCAAAGACAUCGACCUCAUCUUCCUCCGUGGCAUUAUGGAGAGUCCAAUUGUUCGUUCCCUUGCUAAGGCUCACGAGCGAUUGGAGGAUGUUAAGCUGGAGGCGGUGCAAAGUAAUAACGUGGAGCUAGUGAGUGAGAUCCUGUCUGAUAUGAGCAGUCUGACCACUCGUGAUGAAAGUGCAGCAGAACUCUGUAAGAUCCUGAAGGAGCCGCACUUCCAGUCCCUGUUAGAAGCUCAUGACAAGGUGGCCUCUAAGUCAUAUGAAGCUCCUCCCACCAGCCCCAAUUCCACCAGCAUGACCAGCUCAUCCCUCAUGCCGGCUGACACGGUUCGCAUGAUCAGCAUCCAGAAGAAGGCCGGAGAGCCUCUGGGUGUAACAUUCCGGGUGGAAGAUGGCGACCUUGUCAUCACCCGUGUUAUGCACGGCAGCAUGAUCGACAGGCAGGGGAUGCUGCACGCAGGUGAUGUCAUCCGAGAGGUGAACGGCCGAGAGGUGGGCAAAGACCCCAUGGCAUUACAGCACAUGCUGAGAGACUGUAAUGGAAGCAUCACACUCAAAAUCCUGCCCAGCUACAGGGACACGCCUCCACCCGCACAGGUGUAUCUGAAGCCACAUUUCAACUACAAUCCUGACACUGAUAAUCUGAUCCCUUGUAAAGAGGCGGGUUUGGCUUUUUCUAAAGGAGACAUUCUGCACAUAGUGAACAAGGAGGACCCCAACUGGUGGCAAGCAUGCAAUAUAAACGGAAGCCGCACUGGGUUGAUCCCCAGUCAGUUUCUUGAGGAAAAGAGGAAGGCAUUUGUAAGGAGAGACCUGGAUGGAACAGGAAUCCUCUGUGGGACAUUAACUGGAAAAAAGAAGAAAAAGAAAAUGAUGUACUUAACAGCGAAAAAUGCAGAGUUUGAUCGGCAUGAAUUACAGAUAUAUGAGGAAGUAGCAAAGAUGCCUCCAUUCCAGAGAAAAACUCUUGUGCUGAUUGGUGCACAAGGAGUGGGCCGCCGAAGCCUCAAGAACCGCCUGAUUGUGUUAAACCCGCUGCGAUAUGGAACUACUGUACCUUUCACUUCUCGACGUCCACGCGACGAUGAAAAGGACGGCCAGUCAUACUGUUUUGUGUCCCGGGACGAGAUGGAGAUGGACAUCAAGGGAAGUCGCUACCUUGAGCAUGGAGAAUAUGACGGCAAUCUGUAUGGAACCAAAAUCGACUCCAUCCAUGAAGUCGUUCACGCAGGACGUACAUGCAUACUGGACGUCAACCCACAGGCGCUAAAGAUACUGAAGACAUCGGAGUUUAUGCCAUUCGUGGUUUUCAUCGCCGCCCCAGAGCUCGAUACACUACGGGCCAUGCACAAAGCUGUGGUGGAUGCUGGGAUCACAACCAAGCUACUGACGGAAACGGACCUAAAGAAAACGGUGGACGAAAGUGCCAGGAUCAAGCGGGCGUACAAUCACUACUUUGAUCUGACUAUAGUUAAUGACAAUCUGGACAAGGCCUUUGAGAAACUGCAGGCAGCUGUGGAGCAGCUGACCACACAACCACAGUGGGUCCCUGUGAACUGGGUUUACUGAGACAUACAGCAGUCCAGACGCCCCAUCAUCAUCAUCAUAUCAUCAUCAUCAUCAUCAUCAUCAUCAUCAUCGGCACAACCGAUAGGUCAGCAGCACAGAACACAAGUUCAAACGGACCCAGCAGUCACUAUGCAAAUGUACACUAGCCAUCCAGUCAUGACAGACAUUAGGGAAGUGUACUUAUUUAUUAACUUUUUUCUACUGACUUAAAUACUUGGAGGGAAAAACAAAUAGGAUUUUUUUUUUUUAAUGGCUUGUCAUUAAAAUAGUAAAUAAUAAUAAUUUGUCAAAUACGUGUAAGCUGUAUUACAGUAUUUAAAGCAGGGGUCUGUUUUCUUGCGGUAAUUUUAGUGUUACAAAUGUUGGUUUACAAUGCAGGAUUCAUCUCGCAUCUCUCUGAAAUGUGCUGUCAUACAGUUCAGUCACUACAGUAUAUCAAAUUAUCUGAGCAGCUUUAGUUAAUCCUGGUUCUUAAUAAGAUUUUUAAGUGUCAUUGUUAUCAUCUUCGAUUUUAGUUAAGUUUAAGGUAUGCUAGAAAUAGGGCAAUUUUAACUUUUAUAAAUAUCACAGUAGCACUUUAUUUUACAGUCCUGUUAUGUAUGUACUGUAAUAACUAGGUACUAAUCCAGACCUUAACCUUAAAGCCCAGAGUAUACUUCAGUUUGACGUGAACGCUUAAAAGAAGAGUUCAUUUAAACUCCAUAGCAUGGGGAAGUCAAUGGGGAUCAGACCAGCCUAAGAUAUUUUGAACAAUGUUGGCAACCAAACAAUGUUUAACAGAACAAAGAAACUUGUACAACUUGUGGGUGAGUAAAUGAUGACUCGAUUUUCACUUUUGGGUGAACUGUGCCUUUAACAGCUUUACAUCUCGCAUUUUUAUCUUUAUUUUUUUCUCACAAUUGCAUGAUACAAAUUUACAAUUGAUUUUCUUCUCAGAAUUGCGAGUUAUAAAUUCCAGUUCUGAAGGAAAAAAACAACUGACGUUUUCUCAGAAUUGGAAGUUUUAAGGUCCUUGCACACAGAGUCUGAAAUUUUUGUAUGGUGUGUGUUUUCUUUUUUUUUCGUAUUCGUCAUCCUUUCCUAUCAAAAUGUUUCCUACAGAUGUAGGAAACCUGAUAUGCAAUUUUUAAAUGAAGGACAAAUUUCGGAGGCAGUGUGUAAAGGUAAUUGACACAACAUAAGAAUGUAUUUAUUUUUUUUUUAAUGUGCAAAAAUUCAGACGAGAAUUUUGGACGUAGUGUGCAAAGACCUUAAAUCUAGCAAUUCUGAUUUUUUCUUAAUUGUAAGUUUAUUACACAAUUCUGAGGAAAAAAUCUGAAGUACAAGUUUAUAUAAAUUUUGAAUCGCAAGAUGUUAAUUUGCAGUUGUAAGGGGGUGGAAGUAAGAAUUGUGAUAUUAAAGUCACAAUUCCUUUUU